AUGAAUAGCCUCAAUGAUGACUCCGAAGUCAUCCCAACAGGCAAAGACCACACUCCCCCGACACACCCCAUCUCGAAUCAAGUGAUUUCAAAAGAACUCAUCGAUGCUACGCUCAAUUUUCUCUCCAUCUCGUCCAAUGAGACCCUCCUUGGAGUCUUUGCGCUUCUUGCACUUGUCACCUACAUUAUCCUAGGGAGAAUCGGCCUACUUCUGAUUGGAGUGGCUGUAGGGGUUGUCCUACACGCGUCAUGGGAGAGAUCGGAUAUUGAACACGCUGACGGGGCACCACACGCGUCAAAGCCAAACAGGCGAAGAGAACUUGCGCUGGAAGUCUCCAACAGGCUUUUGGACUGGCCCAAGCGGGCUUCAGACAUCCACGGCGGCGACCAUGGUUCUACAACUACGCUUGAAGAUAUGUCUUCAGCAGACUUGGAAUAUGCCACCUUCCAACCAGCCACCGCUGUCGCGCUGAGAACGCUUACUGAUGCAGUUGUAAAAGACUAUAUCAAAUACUGGUAUGAGCCACUUUUACCGUCCGAAUCAACCUUCCCUGGUUCCUGUCGAAGGAUUUUCACCCAUUUCAUCACAUCGAUCUCCUUGCACCUCUCGCGGAAACGAACAGAGGACACGUUCUUGCAAUUUCUCACCAACUCCUCAUCUAUCGUCAUUGUAUUCUUGAAUGAACUUGCCGCAGCAUUCACUGCUGCGGGCUCUUCCCCAGCGGAAGCUCAAAAAGCUGUGGAUCAGUACCUCGAACAAUUUCCAGAUAGCAGCCUAGCGAAUGUCUUGUCCGAGAAACAACAAAAGAAGAAACUCGGCAUGAUUGCGGAUGACAUACUGUCAAACUUUUUGGACGUGAAGACCUACAAUUGUCCGGCUGUACGGGACUUCCUCCGUGAGGUUUUUGCAGAAGUGGUAUUGCGGUCCACUGUUACGAGCCUUGCCCGUCCUGAAUUUAUCAAUGAAUGGAUUAUCUAUCUUCUGCAGGGUGGCGAAUCUGAAAUCAUGCAUGCUAUCGACGCAGGCGUUGAAGGUGCAAGGAAUCAGGGCGUCAGUGCUCCCAGGUCUUCAGAAGACCCGAGCACAGACCCCGUUAAAGCCACCACGCACAGAGAGUCUAUCUAUGUGGCAAAGGCUACAGAAGAAGAAGCUGUUCUAGAGGUGAAACGUCUAAGCGCCAUGAUUGCAUCCCAUGAUACGCAUAGCUCAGGAUCAGAACAGCCACGCCAAAGCGAACAAAUCGACGAAAUUUACGACUUAAAGGUUGAUAUGGCUUCAAAUACGACUCAUGAAAACGAAGGUCAGCAUGACCGAGGGUCAUUGCCCAAUAUGCAAUUACCUACAAACCCAAAACCAUCCGAAGAAUCUCCUGGACCAGCUUUAAUUCUUCAUGGAGCACAAGUUUUGGUAGAUGAUGACGGAGCGAGGGAUGAAAAGGGCCAGAUCAAAUCGCGACCCAUGUGGGAUUAUCUACUGCAGGUCGAGCCGGCGUCAACACGCUCGACUGGGUGGAUGGUUUUUCGCAAAUACUCGGACUUCCAGUCUCUUCAUGAGAUGUUGGGAACCGUUUCACGGUUGAAUCAGAUUUCAAGUUUCUCAGAGCGUCACCCCACACUGCCCACCUGGAAGGGGAAAACACGGCAAGCUCUCGCUCGGGACCUGGAGUGGUAUUUACAAGAUGCUAUGAGGCACGAGUCCCUUGCCGACACUGAUCGAAUGCAUCGAUUUUUGGAAAAAGACGCGGGUUCAUCCGCCGAACUCAGCGGUUCUAACAAACCGGUAUUCUCUUUCCCUAGUCAGACUGCGUUUGAAAACAUGGGCAAGGGCGUGCUGGGUGCAUUGACCAAUGCGCCAAAAGGAGUGGCAGGGGGCGGUAAAGCCGUGUUUGAAGGAAUGACGGGGGUGUUCGGAGGCGGCGCCAUUGGCAAGAAACCGGCCGUCACUGCUGAUCAACCCCAAGUUGAUCACUCCAGUCGCUCCAGUUUGUCGCAAGCACGGUCUAGCUUUGGUGAUCGAGACAUGUUAAUCAACGAAAAUGUUGGUCCGCCUGUGGUGUACCCUAGCGACUCCCUGGAAACCAAAAGAGGUGAAAUUUCCAAGUCGCCUUCGACCGACAGUAACAGAAAGUCGCUUGCGAAUGAGCAAAGUGCAUGGACUACCGAAACCUCGCCAUCAAAAACCUCGCUUAAUGUCAGUGAUAAUACUGCAGAACUUGACAUCCAGGCAACGGAAACUAUUAAUCAAACCUCAUCACAUCGCCGAUCAGAGACUGGGCAGAGUAUGGAUCAAACCCGCAAGCAGGGGAAUCCCAUCACAGCUGAUGAGACGCAAAUAGCAGUAGAGCUGAUCUUUGCGGUUAUCAAUGAGUUGUACACGUUGUCGUCUGCGUGGAACAUACGCCGGACCCUCUUGAAUGCUGCCAAAUCGUAUAUCCUACGUCCCGGGAGCCCGACAUUGGAAACCAUUCGUACUCUGUUGCAAGAAUCCAUGAUAGAAGGCCACACUUCAGACAACGCCCUCGGGGAUUACCUCGUUAAGCUUCGUGAGAACGCACUUCCGACAGAAGAGGAACUCAAAGCCUGGCCCCCUCCACCCAGUGAGGAGGAGAAGGUUAGGUUACGGGAUACUGCGCGUAAACUAUUUGUGCAGCGAGGAAUUCCACAGGCCUUAACCAGUGUUAUGGGGGCGGCUGCUAGUCGAGAAGCGCUAGAGAAGAUCUUUGAUAGUCUCCAGGUUGAGAGCGCUGGUCUUGACAGCGUGCGCCCCAAAAAAGCCAAGGUCAACACUAUAUUGGAACCCAAAAUAGACUCUAAUGGAGAUCGCUAUUGGGAGAUAUCUAAGAUGCGCCGCGUGACCAUAUCUUCUUUCCGUGGGAAAACUCAGGUCAACGUCAGAGAAUACUAUGAAAAGGAUGGGCAGGAAUUGCCAGGAAAAAAGGGUAUCUCAAUGCCGGUAGAUCAAUUCGCUGCCAUCGUCUCCAUUCUACCUGAGAUUGAGCAGGCACUGAAAGAAAAUGGGGAAACCCUGCCUCGGCCUAUCUACUCGGCAGAGGGAGGUCGGUGUGAUAAAGAGCAAGGACAGGACCAUUCGGACAAUCAAAGUCCCUCCAAGCAGAAUAUCGAGGCGACAAGUGAUGAGGAGAGUGAAGCAUGA